AUGGAUGACUUGAGAUAUGUCUUCAGAUACAUCAAUGACUUAUGUAUCAUAAUCUCAGCUGUCCGUAACGAACAAGUGUUUUCAAAUCCAACACAUAGGAUAAGAGUCACGCGAGUAACCUCAAAGGAUGGCUGGCUUCUUUACCUCACGUACGCAGCGCGAGAAGCGAUCAUUAUGAACUCACCCUCGACUCAAUCGCAUUUGUUCAUGAAAAAGACGACUAUUUUUAAUCUGUGCGUUGUUCAAACAAAAAUAUGCGACAUCCAGCAGAAAACAGAAAGGCGAGAAUGCCGUUUUUCACAACUCACCUCAACUUGA